UGCGCACCUGCGCUCCCACGAAAUGCGCUAUACAACUCUGAGCGCCAAAAAGUCCGAGAUUGUUCGAGUAGGUCAAAGAGACGGAUUUAUGAGCUUUCUCGUAAUCCCUUCAAUAUUUGAUUCGGAACCGCAACUGCGAAUAUCGAAGACCAUCUUGGGCGGCUUCGGCAUCGGCCUUCUGGCCCUUGGAUUCUCUCUUGCAGCACUCUCCAGCUUCUGCAGUCGUAGUUGGUCCUUUAGUGCCGAGCAUGUGUUUAUACCCUGCAUCUUUGCAUGCCUCAUCGGCUUCCUGAACGUGCCAUACUGCUUCAUCAUCAGCACUCGCUUCCAAUGGAACGUAGCAGCUAUGACUACCACGAUCGGAGCUGCCGCCACAGCAUUUCUCUUCACCAUUCUCUACUUCUUUGCUCGCCGCAGACUUAUACGAUCAAAAGCCGAACAGAACACACACUCCGACGACAUUAACCUAUUACGCCGACCUAGCAAUGCGAGCGCCUCAGGAUCAUAUCAUACCCAGAGCUACUUCGCAAAUCACUUUGCAAACAUGUAUCCGGCUGCACGCACGCCACCGGCUAUGGCAGCUGUGACUCCACCAGAUGAGCAGCCACUCAAUGACAGUGAACUGCAAAGACGACGCAUGUCAGAUCUGCUGCACAAGCCCGAGCCACAGAUAUCCCCAGCUACUAGCCCCUUCAAUCGUAUCGACUUUAACGUGGAUGAAACAGAAUCGCCCCUGAAUGGUUACUACGCUCCCACUAGUGGAAACCAUUUAGCCACUCAAUCGCUGGAUGACCCAUCGUGGCGUUCGCGUAACGCGAGCUGGGUCACUAACGACUCGCGACGUAAUUCCUCUCGUGAGGAACGUCGUCGUGAGAUUGAGAUGGGUAGA